AAAUUGUCGCCUUUUUACAAUUUGCUUACAAACUCCACUCAACCGGUUGGAGAAUGGGCACUGAUCGUAAAAACUACGCACCAGACUCCCGCAACAUUUCUACCCAAUAUGGCUGCCAACAUGUGUUCUUUUCUAGUUAGGGUUCUGAAGGUUCUUUGAGAGGAAAGAUGGCCAGUCGUCCUCCACCUAAAGUAAUAGAGUUUGUUGAACCAGGCCAACAGAGAAGAGGAAGGAAAGCUGUAUGGCCACCGGUUAAAAGAAAAUGGAUAAAUGAAAAAAACAAAUCUUCAAGGCAAGACCUUGAUGAGUUUGAAUUUCAGUCCAUAGCAAGGGAAGUUAAGGAAUUUGGAAUCACUGGACUCAGUAGAAAAGAAAAGAAAAAAUAUGAAGACUGGAAAGCUCAGUCACUUGGGGGAAAAGCUCCAAAAGGCCAAAAAAUGCCCUACCCAAUGUUGAUGCGUCAAAUAAAAAGGAGGAAGGAGAAAGAGAAAGAACAAAGGGAAAGAGAACAUGCUAUGGGCAUUUUCAAGAAGAAAACAGAUAAAAAGCAAAGUGCUUCAACAAGGGCUUCAAUAGGUCGGUGGGUGGACAAUUCAUCAAAGGGCCUUCAAGCUUCUGUUGGAAGGUACAAAGCUGGUGUACAGCGCCUGUCCAAAGCUGAUCUGCACAAGAUUACAUCCACCAAGAAAAGAUAGCAGGAUCAAGGUCUUGCAGAGAUUAAAGAAACCACAUGAUUGAUAAGGACCAUCUAAAAAAGCUACCAAUGAGAAGUUUGGUGAAAAUCAUUACUAACCCGGCAUCCAGAAAGCAGUUAGCUCAUGGCAGCAUAUCGACAACGGAAAUUUAAAAUGACAUUUGGGAUGUUUGACGAAGCACAUGCAGCAAUCCAAAGCCAAAACUUUGAGCAAUGUUGGCUUACUUACAUGUUACGUUAUAACUAUUUAUUUGAGUUUUUUUUUUUAGUUCAUAGUGAACUCUGUAUCUGUGAGACCAGUUCAUACUCACUUUGGUACAGACAUGUUAAUGUGAGACAACUGUGAUAUAUGUACUUGGGAAUAGUUUGAGUUAGAUUAAAACAACUCAGACCAGCA